AUGGCCAGCAAGCGACUGCAGAUUUCUGAACUCUUGUGGUUUUUUUGCGAAAAUUUAAAUAUCAUCGAAAAUGAAAAGUUUAAAAAUGCAGUUGUAGAAUUCUACAAUUCCGAAGAAAUAUCUACUGCCAAAAAAUUGUUACUUAAUGAAUUGGAUAUCAUAAAAAAAGAUAAAAAAGAAAAAUUAUCACUCAAACAAGGUGGAAAUAAAAAAGUUGACAAGGUAGUCGAGUUAGUUGAAAUAUUUAAAUAUAUUACUUCAAAUGAUUUACAACAAAAUUUGCCGACUUUUGUUAUCUUGAAUCCAAGCAGAGUUCCUCGAGAAGGGUUAGAUAUUUUAGAUAUUAUUCAAAUAAAUAAUGACAAAAUGGUAGAAAAAUUGAAUGAAUUAACGGAAAUGAAUAAAUCACUGCUGUCAAUGCACAACGUGCGUCUAAGUAACGAACAGGUGUCUGUACGCGACCGCAUUAAUAAAUAUAGCUUAGAUAGUACAAACUUGAUUAAUAAAUAUCUAGUUAGUAAUUUGCAUGAACCUGAAUUAGAAAUAGCUAAAAUCAAUUCCGUAAACAAUAACAAUAUACCUUGGUCAGACGCUGUACAAACACCAAGCGACAUGUUACAAACCUAUGCAAUGGUCGUGAACAGAAACAAGAAUAGAACCAAACUCAGUACAAGUUCUGUUGAAAAAAAUAUAAACGUUGUAAACACAGUUAAAAAUCCACCAAAUGAGAACAUCAACAAAAUGGAACAAUCAAAAAAACCUGCAAAGAGGAUUAUCGGCACCAAAAUUAUAGAACAUGUAAAAUUACAACCUGAUAAAAUAAUCAUGAAAAAAAAAGUUUUUUGCCUAAGCAAUGUUAAGAAAUGCCACAGAGAUGAUGUUGUGGAGUUCUUGCAGACAAGUGGUAUAAACGUGAUUACAUGUUUCCCAGUUAUAAAGCGAACUGACGAAACUGACCCCAAAGCAAUUAACAACGACGAACAUUCAACCAUGUUCAGAGUUUGCGUUGAAAAGAAAGAUGAAGUGAAUGAAGAUUCGAUUGGGAUUAAUGGGUUCAAUUUUGUUGGCAAAAAUCGUUCCGGUAGACACGGGGGUGGAGUCGGCCUCUUUGUAAAAGAUGAUAUUAUAUUUAAGAUAAGAAAUGAUUUGAUGAUUUCAAAUGAACUAGAGUUAUUUGCAAUUGAAGUGGGAAUCUCGUCUAAAAACAACUCAUUAAUUAUUGUUACGUAUCGACCACCACAUUGCAGCAAAAAAGUUUAUAUGAAGCAACUUGAACAAGUUUUGCUAGCCAUAAAUAAUGAGAAAAAACUAGUUUAUUUAACCGGAGACCUGAAUAUAGAUCUUUUGGAAAAUUACGAAUCUUACAGUAGUCAACUCCAAAAUUUACUGACAUCUUAUAAUCUAAAAGCAUUAAUAAAUAAACCAACAAAAAUAAACAUACAAAAAAACUCUCUGAUUGACAAUAUUUUUACCAAUGCAUCGGAGAACGUAACAGUUUGUGGAGUGCAUUUGACAGACAUUUCGGAUAACUUACCCAUAUUUGCAUGUUUCAAGCAACAAUUAGUGAAAAUAGAAUUUGAAAACCGAGAAAAUCAAUUUUCUUUUUCAAGACACAAAAUUGAUAAACUAAAUGAAAGACUGCUAUCAACCGACUGGACAGAUGUGUUACUGUGCUCAGAUGUGGAUGCUGCUUUCGAACUUUUCACCAACAUUUUCCGUGUGGCAUUUAAAGACUGUUGUCAGAUCAGCUCAUUAGGAAAGAUUAAAAAAAUUUUAAAACAAAAGCCUUGGGUAACAACUGAUUUUCGCAGAAUGCUGAAUAAAAAAAAAUACUUGUACAAAAAGUUCAUUAAAAAUUCAAGUAGUGAGAAUUUUCUGAAAUUUAAAUCACAAAGUCAAAUUUGCAACAAGUUCAUAAGAGGUUUUAAAAAUGUUUAUUACAAAGUUAGACUAUACGGAGUGCGACGUAAAAAUCCCAUUCGUGAUAUGGCGUAA